CCAUACCGAUUAUGUGUCAUUUGCGACGUUUAUUUUGAUUUAGUAUUAUUUUUAGUUGUACAAAUUUUCAGUGGUAUGUGCUGUUGCGAUCGAAAUGGGAAAAACAAUUAUGUCCCCAAAAAAAUACUUCAGAAGGCGAAUCACAAAGAUACUGGUGAUGUUAUGGUCGACAAGAUUAGUUUAGAAAUCAAGGAACACUACCGAGAGCUGACGCGGUGUGUGACCGCGGUAAACAAGAUGGUGGACACGCUAGCCAAUCAGAUGUCCUGGCCGCCCGUCCGCUGUGAGCACGAGAGGCGCGAGUUGGAAUGCUGCUACGAAACUCAGGAACGUUCAGGCAACCGCUCUAACGUCGUCAAGAAAUACGUGGAUUGUGUGCGCAAUAUACUCUUCAUGAGGAUUAGAUGCAAUUGAUACUUGUAGUAACGUUUUUUUUUAUGUGAAAUAUAUUUUUUGACCACGU